AUGGGCAAGAAGAAAUUCUUUAGCCAAAACGACUUGAAGAUCGGCCUUAUUGGCGACGAGGACACCGUAGCCGGCAUGGUCUUGGCAGGCAUCGGUCACGUGGAUGGCCAGGGUAAGAAGAAUUUCCUCGUGGUGGACUCUAGGACCCACCAGAAAGACAUCGACGAGAAGUUUCGCGAGCUAACUGAGCGGAAAGACAUCUCAAUGAUCUACAUUACCCAGGGCUGCGCAGAGCACAUCCGCUACGCAAUCGACGAGUACAGCAAGAGCGGGCAGGUCAUCCCUGCGAUUUUGGAGAUCCCUUCCAAGGAUUGCCCGUACGACCCGAGGAAGGAUGCAGUGAUGCAGCGCGUGGCGUUCUUCCGGCCAACCGCCAUGGCGGAGAUGGGCAUAGACGCGUGAGCGUGCUUUGGAUCGUUUAGCACGUGCUCUCAGAGGAGGAGAGGUACCGAUACUGCUCCUCGUCCGGGAGAAUCCUCGUCGCCACGGCUGGACUCUCCUGGGAAUACUGGUCAGGACGCACCCCGGGGAGCAGCCGUUUCGGAACCCUUUUGUCCCCCCGUGCUCGGCACGUCGGCAGUCGACGGGCGCGCGCUCAGUAGUCUAAGCCGCGGCAUCCGCAGCAGCGGGGUGCCGCUUCCUCGUCACCCGCGCCCCGCGCGACCUCUCAAUAUUCUCGUCCUGCUUCGCGCGAUGACAAGAUCGGCCCUGGGGCCGUGCAUUGAACAAA